AUGGAGGCAGCCGGCUUGAUGGACAACUUCCCUUGCCUUGUGAUUCGAGGGAUCUGCGACUACUGUGACUCGCACAAAAACAAGCAGUGGCAAGAAUACGGAGCACUCACAGCAGCUGCUUAUGGCAAAGAACUUCUCUCCGCGGUUCAUGCAAGCCAUGUGGUGGACACCCUGCCAGCCGGCUCAAUUUCCGACGUAUCAUACUACCGAGAAGGCCCAUUGUGCAUGGCCCGGCUCCCUAGGGGCGAAAUAAUUCGAGCCGUUUUAUCAGACAAGUCUGUGAAUUCAUGCGGCGGACGUCUCGACCUUAUCCAAGGGAUCUCUCAAGAGAUAUUAGGGAAGUUUUUUGGACACAAGCGGGUCCAGGCAGAUCUUGACGACCUGAAGGAUAUUUUCACUCUCUGUUUCCGCUGCGUGCCAGACACAGUGUAUGUCGUUGAUAGACUUGAUGCUUUGGAUCAGGAACAUACCAAAUUCUUUUGGGCCUCUUCAGGUCCCUAUUUCACCACUCUUGGUCUCAACAAGGAUCGCGCAUUUUGCCACUAA